AUGGCCAAACGUCCCAGGCCAGACGACCCAGACGAAUCCGUCCCCAAGAAGCCCCGCACCCUCCCUCCCGCAGAGCCCUCCACAACCCUCGCCGUCCUCUCGUGGAAUGUCGACACUCCCGUACCCUUCCUCACCCUCUCUCCUCGCAAGGCCGGUCCCUCCCUCAUCCCUCCAGGCACCAACCUCUCGCUUCUCUCCGAUCUCCUCUCCCGCAACAACUUCCCCGACUUUGUCUGUCUCCAGGAAGUCCGUGCUCGCCAGACAGAUAAGCAAUGGAUAUCUGGCCUCAAAGCGGCUCCAACCUGGAACCUCGCAGAGCCAAAGUACACCAUGUACUCCUCCCUAAGCCGAGCUACGCGUGGCCAGCGUCAUUUUGGCGUCGUCACUUACACUCGACGCCCAGAUCUCGUUGCAGUUGCCCGUGAGGUGGACUGGGACGCCGAAGGGCGCGUCCUCAUCCUCGAGAUGAAGAACGGCUGGGCCCUCAUCAACGUCUAUGCGUUGAAUGGGAGCGAAUUCAUGUGGCGGGAUCCUCUGGGCAAGGUUCCUCCCAAGACUCGCAACGAGCGCAAGCGCGAGUUUAACCAGCUCCUCCUCGAGGAAUGUCGUGCAAUGCAGGCCCGAGGCUUGCGCCUGGUGCUCAUCGGCGACUUUAACAUCUCGCUCACUAAGCGAGACUGCGUUCCCCGGCUGCGCACGGAAUACCCACACUCCCUAGCGCGCAAGGAGUUUCAGGAGGGGUUCAUACCGAGUCUCGACCUUGUGGAUGUAUACCGCAUACUGCACGGGACCCAGCCUGCGUUCAGCUGGUUUGCAAAAGGCAAGCCACAAGGCGCCGAUUGUGCCAGGGUAGACUAUGCCCUUGUUGAACGGUCACUGCUGAGCCGGGUCGUGGAGACGAGAUACUUGGAAGAUAGCAAGGAACGUGCACACAGUGACCACGCCCCUGUCAUGCUAACGCUUCGCGACAUGCAAGCUCUGGAUAAUCCUGAACCACCCUCGGCUGUGCAAUCUUCUUCCGGGAUAGCAUGA